CUACGUGGGGACUUUCUUUCCCCUCACCCUUGAGGGGUGGGAAAUAUCAUGCGCAAUUCCCUGCAACAGGACAAUUGCGUCAAAUGAAAUAUGAGUCUUGCGAAAUAACACACAAAACUGGGUGGAAGGUGUGUGAAGGAAAAGAGUAAAUAUAGUGUGAAAUCCCUGAAAGAUUGCACUUCUCCCCGCACUCGAGUGCACUUUCUGGGCUGUACGAGUGGAGGAAGUGUUUGAGGAAGUGAGAAAUAGGAAAAUCAAGCUUCAAAUGGCGUCUAAUUCUGUGAUUGUCUUUGCAAUUGUUGUCGUCUCACUGUUUCUAUCUGGUCACUGUGGCAUCGUGAAGCGCAGCUUCUCGGACAAAAGUGUGGCCAAGUACGUCACGGAGAGGACCUGCUGGUGGAAUGAGGUGUGCAAGGAGGAGUUUCAGCAGAGUUUUCGCUGCAAGUGUCCGCAAUUUUCCUACUGCCGAUCACCUGGAAGAUACUACAAUGCCUACUGUUCCAUAGCGAACACGGGGUACAUUUGGAUGCAGCCCACUUAACAAUUUACCACGAGUGGACGAUGGGGUGGGGUGUCGGAGAGGUCGGA